AUGACGCUCACGGUAUCCAUGGAAGACAUGGAACUGUUUCCGAAGGAUGCAUUGCUCAACACCAAGCCUCACCCAAUGCCGGUUGAUAUCAAUUGUAUAGCACAGAUGCAGUCAUCUCUUGACCGUCUAUGGUGGUCUCGUUUGGUGAUUUCGGUACGCGGUUACGUUGUAAACUACGUACAAAACGACGACGAAAUUCUCUUUCAUACCGAUGACGCUUUCAUAUGCAUUCACCGAUUUCUCGCCGAGAAUGAGCGGCACGUCAUGCUACACGAACAUUUGCAGUUCAUCUCCGAUGCAGACACGAUUGUAUCAUAUCCGUUGAUCAGUGAGACACUACUAGCACUGAGUUCAUCGCGACAAAUCCAGAAUCCGUUCGUCGACAAGCGAGUGGGACCAGCAUUCACCAGGGUUUUUGGCCAAAUCAGAAAAGCGAAUGACGCCACUUAUCGAGUCGCUAACGGUGAGACCAAAUGA